AUGCUCAGGGCCACAAAGGUGUGGACACCUAGGAGCCAGGGUCAUUUUCUGAGGACAAUGAGAGUCAUCGAAAGGCACAAGCAGUGGACGGUGUUCGGUGUCCGGCUUCACUCCCAAACCGCACCUGGAGCGUUUGCCGGACGGAGGGGCCCCAGGGCGACGGUUUCCGAACAAACCCAGGCGGCUUCGGUCAGCAGCAGCCCCGCUGCUUUUCCACAGCGCGGGGACCCCCAUCCCCGCCAGCCCCAUCGCACUGUCCCUCUCAGGUCAGAGGAGCCCGUGGAGGACUGCGUGGCAUCAGGACCUGCCAGGAGCCAGGGCGACCUAGAAGAAUCCGGGAACCUGGCGUCCAGCAAGGACGCAGCCCCCGGAGAGGAGAGGCCACCCGAGCAGGAGGGCUGCCUCCUCUAGCAGGUGAGCUCAGCCCGGGCGUCCCCUUCGCAACCAGGCCCGGAUCCCUGCCUGGCUCCUGGAGCCUGGACUGUGCCUUCCGCAAAAGGGUUGCGCUCCAGAAAGUGGCCCCCACAGUGCCCUUCCCGGCAGCAUGGAGUCAACAGUGGUAGCGUUUCUGUCCCGCUCUGCGGGGCUGGGUGUGAAGGGGACUGUCCCAUCCCGCUGUCCUCCAGGAGGAGCAGCACCUUUCUCCCCGCAGACGUUGCUGAAGACGCGGCCCCCUGGUCAGGGGCAGAAAACAGAUCCAGGCCGCCCCGCUCCUGCUGGGUGGAGGAGAAGAAGGGCGGGCAGGUGCUAAGUGCUACUGUGAAACUAAAAAUCAUCAUAAUGAAGAAUGAGUUUCGGCCCCAGUGUCCUUGUGACCUAACACUUUUUCGAGGAAUAAGGGACAUCUGUAAAGUUCUUGGUGUCGUGCCCAGCCUGUGGGACUAUCCCGUGGAUCCCCCAGAGAAGACAGGUGAGAGUCCAACGCCAACACAUGUCCACAAAGGUCCCCUGGUCCAAGAAGCGGGAGAAACUUGUCACCAGGCAAAGGUGGCAUACACUGAGACGCGAGGUAAGGCUCACCGCUCGCGACAGGUGUCCCGCGACUGGCGCAUGCGCAUCCGCGAGGCAGGCGCCGGGACCCGGCUGUCAGGGCUUCAGGUCCCGCUGGAGGAAGAGGCAAUUCCAGUGGGCUCUGGGAACAGCUCUUCGGACUCCAUUCCCGAAAGAGUCUGUGUGCAAGAAUCCGGUCCCAGGAAGAAGGGAAUACAGUCUGGAAUCAUGCUGUACUCCUACAGAAGUGGGAGAACAAGAGUUUCAUUGUUGGUGGAUAUAACGGGAAUUUACUGUUCCAAAAGUAUCACAGCUGCCUAG